AUGGACGCACAGCCUGGUGCUUCGGCGGAUGCACAGCUGCGGCAGCAGUACGACGCGCUUCUGGCCGGUGACUCCAUCACCGCCGACUACGAGCGCUGGCGGGAGCUCAAGCGGCUUGUGAUCGUACAUGGACUACCUCGGGACGAGGGCUUUGUUACCGACGUAGAGGGCUCCAAUGUCAGCCUUUGCUCGUUGCGAGGACGCGUGUGGAAGGCCUUCUUAGGGGUGGAAAACGACGUGGACAUGACGAAAUACGCGGCGCUUGUGGGUAGAGGAGCGUCGCAUUACGACGGGGACAUCCGUAAUGACACAUUUCGCACUUUUCGAGGAGAUUUGGAAUUUGCACAACGCGUGCCGGAAGAGAAACUGGUGCGACUGUUGAACGUUUUUAUCAACGAAUUGGGGUCGAACCCUGGGGAGGAGAAACAAGAUGACGGAGAAACUGCUCGAAAUGGCAACUUGCCGUCGAUCAGAUACGUGCAAGGAAUGAAUGUGCUCUGUGCACCACUGCUGUAUGUGUUGCCGGAAGCAGACGCAUACCACACGUUCUGUCAAUUGCUAGUGCGGCACUGUCCACACUACAUGGCUCCACAGCUGAAAGGCGUCGAGAAAGGUUGCGCUCUGGUUGAUAAAUGUCUGGAAACGCUGGAUCCGGAUUUGUAUCAACACUUGUCUUCACGAGGCAUCACGGCGCGGAUAUACGCUCUGCCACUCAUUCUGAGUUUGUUCGCUUGCGUUCCGCCACUCCAUGAGCUUCUUCGAGUCUGGGAUGUGUGGGCGUUCACUUUGUCGUGGUAUUAG